GAAACCCCACCCGGCGCAAAAAAGUGGAAGGAGAUAUUGGGCGUUGGACGACUUCCUCACCACCACCAAAAGAGCACAGCACAUCCAUUUCGACCAACCGGCCGACACGACACCCUCCCGCCCGCGACAGCACCACCAGCGCCGACUCGCAUCCCCCAGACCAGAUCCUACCCGACAAUGGCUGACGCAGCACCCCGUGGCGGUGGUUUCGCCUCGCGUGGCGACCGUGGCGGCGACCGCGGACGUGGUGACCGCGGCCGUGGACGUGGACGUGGCCGCGGCCGUCGCGGCGGUAAGAACGACGAGAAGGAGUGGCAGCCCGUCACCAAGCUGGGCCGUCUGGUCAAGGCCGGCAAGAUCAAGAGCAUGGAGGAGAUCUACCUGCACUCGCUGCCCAUCAAGGAGUACCAGAUUGUCGACUUCUUCCUGCCCAAACUCAAGGACGAGGUCAUGAAGAUCAAGCCCGUCCAGAAGCAGACCCGUGCCGGUCAGCGCACGCGCUUCAAGGCCAUCGUCAUCAUUGGUGACUCGGAGGGCCACGUUGGACUGGGCAUCAAGACCUCCAAGGAGGUCGCCACUGCCAUCCGUGCCGCCAUCAUCAUCGCCAAGCUCAGCGUCAUCCCCGUCCGUCGUGGUUUCUGGGGUACCAACCUUGGUCUUCCGCACUCGCUUCCCAUCAAGGAGAGCGGCAAGUGCGGUUCCGUCACCGUCCGCCUCAUUCCCGCUCCCCGUGGUACCUCCCUGGUCGCCUCGCCCGCCGUCAAGCGUCUCCUCCAGCUUGCCGGUAUCGAGGAUGCCUACACCUCGUCGUCCGGCUCGACCAAGACCCUCGAGAACACCCUCAAGGCUACUUUCGCCGCCGUUUCCAACACUUACGGUUUCCUGACCCCCGAGCUGUGGAAGGAGACCAAGCUCAUCCGGAGCCCUCUGGAGGAGUUUGCCGACAGUCUGAGGGACGGCAAGCGCUACUAGGAUGUUUCUUUGACGAUGGGUUGAGGCUUGCGGUCGUCGGGGCGUCUUGAACUUUGAUUUCUUUCUGCAUGGGUUACGGAUGGGCAUUUACCCAGGGUCAUGGAAAAUACUAGCAGUUAUGGCCUGAAUGAAACACACUGUGACAUGA